AGCGUCGGGGUCUUGUCCUAUACCAGAGUCUCGUUGGCUAGCGUGCUUUCGAAUCGAUCUACCUCCCGGGACCUCUGUAUGCCACCAAGCAGUUCACCGCCCCUAUCCGUUCCGUCCGAGCCCCUAAACCAGGCGGGUAUUAGCUAUAUGGAAAUAUUGAAUCCCGUUGGAUAGAUUGCCGCUCUGCCGUUAUUGCUCCACCUACGGUCAGGAACAAGUGUUGUUACCACCUCAGCAUCAUCUACGAUCCGCCUCUCCGUAUUCACCGCCGACAGUAGUACCACUUUCGAGCUUAUACGUACGCGACCCUCCGUCCAUAAUAUCGCCAGUGUCUAGAUUUUCGAAGCUUCGCAAUGGCUACCCCGGGUUCCAACAGCACUGGGGAGGGCGGAGAGGCGAGUAAGGUGGCCGGCUUCAUACCGCUGGUGACGGUCGUAGACUUCCACCACCAUAGAGGCCCCGAGGUCGAGAGAUGGUUUGGCGUAGCUGAAGGACAAGACCCAGCAGCCGACUAUGACUGGACGUUGCUCCCAUUCAUGGCUUUGAGCGACGGGGCUCACGCAUCGACCGAAGACUUCUCGUAUUUCACCCUUUUGCGACCGGCCACCGACGAUUCUCCUGCAACCUCGCUCUUUGGCAUAUCGUGCACAAGGCAGCUAGAUGCCUCGCAAUUGCUUGUUCGGCCUGCUGAUGUGACGCGUUCGACGGUUCAGAAGGCGGUUGUGGUGAUAGCAGACAGCCCGCAAUUCUUCGGCAUGCUUAGGGAGCGACUAUCCAUCGUUACCAGUGCCUGGUUUGCUCAACGCGAGUUCAGUGAUACCGAAAUAUUGCGGAGAUUUCAAGAGAGCCUUGCUGAUGAAAAGACACGCGGCCAGAUGAACGAGGAUGUCGACAGAGAUCAGUACUUGGGAAUGAGCCUCCGAGAACUGGUGAGGGAAUUCCGAUGGCAGACUUUAGUGCUGUUGAAAUGUUGUCUCCUGCAGCCGAAGAUGCUCUUCUUCGGCUCGCGGUGUGAGCGUCUAUGCAUGAUGCAGUUCUCCCUCAUCUCCUUAAUACCGGGUUUACUUAGGAACCUCCAAGACUGUGCAGGUCCAGACCUGAACAACUACGAGAAAAAUCUAAGUCAGCCAACAAGUUUGAGGUCUAGUGACCGAAAUUCACUACUCUCGUACAUGGGGUUACCACUGCAGAUAUUUGGCAAGGGGAGUUUGUUUGGGCCGUACACACCCUUGCAACAAUUAGAUAUCCUAGCGGACUUCGGCACAAAAUCGUAUAUAGUUGGCAGCACAAAUUCACUACUAUUACAGCAAAGGGACCGAUAUAGCGAUAUACUAAUCAAUCUCGACGAGAACACGAUCAAUAUUACCUCCACCUCACUGCGCACCGCAUUGGCGCUCUCACAUUCUGAUAGGCGGUGGAUUGAUUUUAUCACGCAAGAAGUGAACGAUACAUGGGACGACACGAAUCCAGGUCGGCCGAAAACAAUGGGGUAUCGCGGCAGCGAAGAAUUCAUCCGGCUUCAAUUUGAAGAAUAUCUCUUAUCCCUCAUCUCUUCGGUUAAAUAUCAUAAUUAUCUCACCCAGAAUGGCCAUAACCCCAAGGCCCUUCUUCCGCAUAUUGACGGAGACCCGUCUGUGGAUUUUAGCAACGAAUGGGUUGAAUAUUGGAUGAGGACGGAGAACUAUCGCAUGUGGAACGCGCAUACGGAUUCGCACCUGUUCGACAUCGUUGAACCGAAGCACCCCUGUGCCGGGGGGCUCACCGUCGACGAUGUUCAGCGGCGGAUCCAGCAACAGGUUCAAGACCUCCAUCUGGACGAGAGGUUCGCAGUUGGCAAGGAGGUUCUGGGGAGGAACCUAGCUGCAGGACGCGAUAAAGCGAGUACUAUGUUUAACAAACUGUAUGCAGAUAUGGAAGCUCUCCGCGAAGCGCAAAGGAAGCGCGCCGAAGAAUCCCAGGCAGCAGAAAAGAACGGCUCCGCAACACCCGACGCAGACCCCGGAAAGGCGCAGCAAACAGGGAGCUCAGUCAGCGCGAGGGCCGGCGCAUAUAUCGGAAGCUGGACUUCGUGGGCCGAUCAGAAACGGAAGCAGGGUUGGGGCCGAUCCAGCGGAAGCGCUAGCACCGGCGGAUGGGGAUUUGGUAGCAAACGGCUGUCGAGAGGGUUUAACACAGAUUCAAACAGCGAAAAGAACGCCACGCCCCUUAGCAGCCCGGCGCUCUCAUCUCCUGGGUUUACUUCGACCGAAAAGAUCCAGAUGUCGGAUGUACAGCACCGUGCCAGCGAGGGUACUGAUAGGAGACCACUUACCCAAGAUAGUUUUGGAGAGAGCAUGCUUGAUGCUGCGGGUUCGACGGAGAGCGGGACCUCUAGUCCGGCUAGUGUCCGGAAGACCGCUCCGACUCCGGAACGUAAUGAUGCGGUCAACGGUUCGAAGGUGGAAGGAGCGGAUGAGCAUAUUGACGCUGCGAAAAUCGCUUCGAAAAAAGUUGCCGAAGUAGCUGCGAACGAGAAGGAUGAGAAGGGCGAAGAAACAAGUGAAGCCAAGAGAGAAGAGCCGAAAGUAGCGGCAGAGACAACCGCUAGCGGCGAAUAUAUAUGAAGAUUUCUAUCUUCCUAUAGAAGAGACGACCACAAAGAGAUGAUAGUAGAAAGGGAGAUAACAUGGUACUUGUGGCAUCAAUUGGAUAAGAAUGCAGGCUCCAUAAGAAGCAAUGAUCGGAGAGCCAGACAGAGCAGAGCAGCAAGACUUGGAUGAGAUUUUCGCGGCGCAGCUGUACUUACCGGUACUUGACGGAAUGG